ACAGGAAGACGGACUGAAGUGAGGUGGGGAUGAGAAAUCAUCAUUUAGUUAGCUCGCUGCUAGCUGCCUAUAGUUGAAGUGUAAUGAGCUUAGUAGCCCAAAUUUAGAAUAUUAGUUUACUUUGGUGGGGACAACGACGACCCUUUGACAUCAAGAAUGAACAUAAGUUAACAAUGACGGGGGAGAAAAAGAAGAAGAAGCGGCUGAACCGCAGCAUUCUUCUAGCAAAGAAAAUUAUAAUAAAAGAUGGAGGAAGUCCUCAGGGAAUCGGUGAGCCCAGCGUCUACCAUGCUGUGGUCGUCAUUUUCCUGGAGUUUUUCGCAUGGGGUCUUCUCACCACCCCGAUGCUCACGGUAUUACAUCAGACAUUCCCCCAACACACAUUCCUGAUGAAUGGACUCAUUCACGGUGUGAAGGGCCUAUUAUCAUUUCUGAGUGCUCCUCUGAUUGGAGCGUUGUCAGACGUUUGGGGACGCAAGUCCUUCUUGCUGCUAACAGUCUUCUUCACGUGUGCUCCCAUUCCGCUGAUGAAGAUCAGCCCGUGGUGGUAUUUUGCAGUCAUCUCCAUGUCUGGCGUCUUCGCCGUCACCUUCUCUGUGGUCUUUGCUUAUGUGGCAGACAUUACGCAAGAGCAUGAGAGGAGCACAGCGUAUGGCUUGGUGUCUGCCACCUUUGCAGCCAGCCUGGUUACCAGUCCAGCCAUCGGAGCCUAUCUAUCGGUGGCCUACGGUGACACGUUGGUGGUAAUCUUGGCCACCGCCAUCGCCCUGCUAGACAUCUGCUUCAUCCUGGUGGCCGUCCCGGAGUCGCUGCCGGAGAAAAUGAGGCCGGCAUCAUGGGGAGCACCAAUCUCCUGGGAACAGGCAGACCCCUUUGCUUCUCUGCGUAAAGUGGGCCAGGACUCCACGUUGCUGCUCAUCUGCAUCACAGUGUUCCUCUCCUUCCUCCCCGAAGCUGGGCAGUACUCCAGCUUCUUCCUCUAUCUCAGACAGGUCAUACGCUUCUCCUCUGAGACGGUGGCGGCCUUUAUCGCCGUUUUAGGGAUCCUCUCCAUAUUGGCUCAGACGGUGGUGUUGGGGAUCCUGAUGCGUUCUAUAGGAAAUAAAAACACAAUCCUGCUCGGCCUUGGCUUCCAGAUCCUCCAGCUGGCCUGGUAUGGCUUUGGCUCUCAGCCCUGGAUGAUGUGGGCAGCUGGAGCCGUGGCGGCCAUGUCCAGCAUCACCUUCCCCGCCAUCAGCGCCAUCGUGUCCCGUAAUGCAGAUCCAGACCAGCAAGGUGUUGUCCAGGGGAUGAUCACUGGCAUCCGAGGGCUCUGUAACGGUUUGGGUCCGGCUCUUUACGGCUUCGUCUUCUACUUGUUCCACGUUGAGCUGACGGACUCGGACGGCUCUGACAAAGGUGCCAAAUCCAACAUGGCCAACCCCACUGACGAGAGUGCCAUCAUCCCCGGUCCUCCCUUCCUCUUCGGAGCGUGCUCGGUGCUGCUGUCCCUGUUGGUGGCGCUGUUCAUCCCGGAGCACACGGGGCCCGGCAUGCGGCCCGGCUCCUACAAGAAGCACAGCAACGGGGCGCAGAGUCACUCCCACAGCCCUCAGGGCAGUGGGGCGGAGGGCAAGGAGCCGCUGCUGGAGGACAGCAGCGUAUAACCUCAGCUAAGUGGGGCACACGCCCCAUUUAAAAAGGAAAAA